AUGUGGCAAGAGAUGAAUAACUCCGUAAUGGGUGGCGUGUUGGGACGAAUGUUCAACGGAGCCCGGGCGAUGAAGUCAAUGCUCACGGAUCUCAUGCCGAGCACGGCGGGUUAUGGUCAAAAAAUCAACAUGGAUUUACUGCCCACAGAGAUGACGCGAGUGAAGUACAUUAUUCGCAAUCCACAGACUAACAAGCCGAUGAAGAUCAUCAAGAUGCGGCCGUCGCCAAAGAAGGUCAUUAAACUGAGGAGACCCAUACCCAAGCCCACUAUCACCGAGUCCUCGGUGAUGAUCUCCCAUGGAAUUCACAAAGAUCAUCGAAUGAGACAGUUGGAAAAGGAGCAAGAACUCAUAGCUGAGGGCAAGGCUCCGAUGACCAGCGAUGAGGCAAUAAUGGAGAAAUACUUUAAGAAGCGUCCACGAGGCGGUUCCUCCAACGAGGUCAUCUCUGGCAAGAUUAUGGAGUACCAGAGUUGGAAGCCCGUCUACAAAGCAGGAGAAACGCCAUCUUCUUUCGUGACUCUAAGACCGCAACCCCUGACCCAUUUGCACACGGAUAUAUCCAGUGGAGAUCAUGAGAUGCUGCCAAAGCCCGAGAAGCUGGUGAGCUACGAGUAUGAAAGGGAUGAGGAUGACGUGGCGGAGAACGAAGUGGCCAAGCAAACGGGUCACCGUUACGAGGUCACCGAGCAUACGGGAGAAGCUAGUGGCGAGGUGGAAACGGUCGAGACAGUCGCCUCCAUGGAGAGUGGUUUUGUGCCCAGUCAGGGAAUGACAUUCAGGUCUCCACCACCAGCACAGCAUGCGCCGAGGCCCAGACUUCGAACGCCGUCUAGUACCACAACUACCACCACAACCACAACAGAAGCACCCAACUAUCCUCCCUCGUUCUUAAAGAAAUACCGUGAACGAGAGGCCACCACCACACGCAGACCGCGGAAACACCACAACAAGGAGGUCUAUCUGAUCCGCGAGGGCGAUGAUAGCUCGGAGGGGAGCACCACACCGCCAGCCUUCGCGAUGAGCAGUUUGAGGGCUCGCCUCCAGGAUCAGCAGCGCCAUCAGAAACAUCAGCACAAGCAGCAGCUGGAGGAGGAGGAGCUGGAGGCCGCCCUCGUGGAUGCCAUGCAUGGCGAGAAGUGGCCAGCGGAGGUGGCCCACAGCAGUUUCCAGCUGGCCAGUCCCAUUGGACCCAGUGCGGUGGCAUUCGAGCAACCUCUGGCCAAGGCGCCAAGGGGCCAAUACAAGCGUCAGACGCGCGACAAUAUCCGGCAACGUGGAUCAAUCAAGUUUGCCGACAAACCCAACUACGAUGAAGCCUGAGGAGGCGGGCAAAGUCACCAGUUAGCAACCAAAGAGCCAAAGGCUACAGUUAAACUACAUGAAUUAUAAAUAAAUUCAGUAGUUUUUUGUGCAACAUACGGUGGCAUGUGUACGAAACUUAUCCCUCUACAAUGAACGACCCUUUUGGAUUUAAUUUAAUUUAUGUCGCAGCGAACAUUUUAUUUUAUUUAGUACAAAUAUGUACAAGUCAGAAUUGUAACAAGUUCUAUUUAAAACACAAUUUGUUACAAGCUUACAAAAUAAACUAGGAAAACUUUAUUUAAAAUUAAACCUUGACUUUGGUAUUUUAAUAUCUUCAGAGGCUAGUGGUGAAUCUAAAAAUAUUUAAAAAAAGAUAAACGUUAAGAUUGAUUUCUUCUGUUUGGACUUAUCUAUUAACCACACUUGAACUUUGUUUAAUUGGCUUAUCUAAGAUUUGAGUUUAUAGCUAUUCGCGAAGUAAAAGUGAGCUAAACUAACAAUUUCCCAGUGGAUUGCAUUUCAUUCGCGGUACGGAGUCAAUGCACCCAUGACACGCAAUAAUAUGCAGCAUGCCGCAACGGACAUAAAACUCUGGAAAUAUUUUGACUUUUAAUUAAUGCCAGUUAGCGAUUUUCCCUUGGAUGUUUGUGUGCGUUUGUGUGUGUGUGUUAUCGCAUUCCGCUUAGCAGCUUGCAUUUGACAACUAAUUUAAAAAGUUUACAUGGCCGACAGCCUUGGGCUCUGAAAUCGAGAGCAUUGCGGCGAAGUGGGUUAAACCUGCUAUAAAUUCCAGA